GGCCGCGCACUCCUUCAGCGACGGCGCGCUCUUCCGUUCGCAUUUCUUCCCCAGUCUCCGGAAUGUGACGGACCUCAACGGUUACAAGUCCCAAUCCCAACCUCGCGGCGGGGCGGGCACGCUCUCACGCGAGGGGAGGCCGAGGCCGCGAGGGUGAACUACGACACCGGCCGCGAGGCGGAGGCGACGGCGACGGCGAGCGCGAGGCCAGGCGAGGCGAGCGCAGAGCCAGGCCAGGCGAGGGGAGGGCGAGCGCAAGGCCAGGCGGGGCGGGGGAGGGCGAGCGCAAGGCCAGGCGGGGCGAGGGGAGGGAGACCGCAAGGCCAGGCGAGGCGAGCGGAGGGCGAGCGCAAGCUGAACUACGACGUCACCGGCCGCCACCAUGUUGAUGCAACGCCUGAUGUUCAGAGCAGCAAGAUUGCGCCAUCUACCAUCUGUAACAGCUGCUAUGGAAACUAUGGCAGCGCCAUGGAAGAUCAAGGAAACAGACCGUCACACCAAUCUGCCUGCUGUUUUCACCAUCCGCCACACAUACUCAUCUAAGGCUCCUAGCAUUCCUCCACCGCAGCCUGACCUUCCUCCACCUCAGCAUAACCUUCCUGCCACAAAUACAUCUUCAUACACUUGGACUAAUAUGUUCGACAAUGCUUGGAACAGUACGUCAGAUGCUACCAUCGCGAUAUCAAAUCAGCUAUCUGAUUCUGACCUGGUUCAGGUAUAUCCAGAUGUCCCACAUUACUUCAGUGUGGUCUCUAUAUCAUACCUGAUUGCACGUUACAGUCUGCCUAAAUUCCAUUUGAAGCUCGAGAAGAAAUAUGCAGCUGGGACUUACACGGUUUAUGAAGCUUGGUGUUUGCAUCUGAUGGAAAAGGUGGAGGGCUACAUUUUGGCCUACCCGCUAUUUGGCGUAGUCCUUUGGGCAUCUUUAGAUAUGGCUGCUACUAUGAUUCCUGAUUUUGGUGCUGGUGUGCAUUUGUCACAAGUUUCAAAAGGCGUAACAAUUGUCGCAGCUGUGUGGUUCCUUCAAGUUAUGAAAAAGAACUUUCUAUCCAGCGCACUUAUGCAUUUUGAAGGUCUAAAGGUUGACAAGCAUUGGUUGGGGGCUUUUGACAAGGUUUCUUCAUUGGGAUUGAUUGCUAUUGGCCUUCUUGGAGUUGCAGAGGCAUGUGGGGUACCAUUUGAGUCGUUAUUAGCUGUUAGUGGUAUUGGAGGUAUUGCAACUGCCUUUGCUGCUAAAGAUGUCCUGGGCAAUGUAUUGAGUGGAUUCUACUUGCAGCUUUCGAGGCCAUUCUCAGUUGGAGAGUCCAUAAAGUUGCCUUUUCAUGCCGGGUCAAUAGAGGGUUUGGUGAUUGAGAUAGGGCUGACGUCUACAUCAUUGAUAAAUUUGGAGAGGCUUCCUGUUUCAGUACCCAACUCACUAUUAGUUGGUCAGAUUAUUGUGAAUAGAUCCCGUGCUCAAUGGGUAUUAUCUGUUACAAAAAUCCCCAUAAAAGUUCAGAGUAUGGAUAAGGUUCAUGCAAUAUCUGAAGAGAUCAUGGAGAAGUUAAGGGCAUAUCCAGAAGUUAGCUUGAAAGCAGACGCUCCUUAUUGUUAUCUCACGAGAUUGGGCGAUUUGUAUGGUGAGUUCACAAUUGGCUGCUGCCUCCAGAACAUGAGAAAUGAAGAACUGCUAUGUGUUGAGCAAAAGAUUCUCAUUGAUGCAGCUAGGAUUAUCCACUCGCAUGGUGUUGAGUCGGGAAGCCCAGUACCCCCUGCAGAUCUUGAGUUGCUGCUGGAAGCUGCUAGGGUUAUCAAGUCUCGUUGCUAUUAGGAAUGCACCACUCACCGUUGAUUCGAUGAAAUUGCAAGGGCACGGUGGCAACUGCGAGUUGUCAAUUUUUUUCUUUUGGAUUGUGCGUUUUGGUUGAGCACAUCCUCGGCAAACAGCAAAUACACGUUGACAGCUACUUAAACGUUCUAUAGUAAGUAUACAGGAUGCGUACGUUCAGCUUGAUCUCUACGACAUCUGAUGCGCUAGGAUACGGAAGGAAGAUAAAGAUUGGUUGAGAUUACAUGUACGGUUUAAACAGCCUUAUCUGCUAACAGAGUAUACAUUCAUCUGUACUGG